UACACAAUAUCAUCUUAGUUUCAAAUUACAAAUAAUAUAAUAAGCAAGCUACACAUUGUGUCAAGAAAUUGAAAUGGCAGACAACGUGGUUUUGUUGGAUUUUUGGCCAAGCUCAUAUGGAAUGAGAGUGAAAAUCGCGCUAGAAGAGAAAGGAAUCACAUAUGAGUGUAGACAAGAAGAUUUUCAAGCUAAAAGCUCUCUGCUUUUGGAGAUGAACCCGAUUCACAAAUUGAUCCCAGUUUUAAUUCAUAAUGGAAAACCGGUAUGUGAAUCGCUUAAUGUCAUUGAGUACAUUGAUGAGGUUUGGAAUUACAAACCUUCUCUUUUGCCCUCUGACCCUUACAAGCGUUCUCAAGCGAGGUUUUGGGGCGAUUACAUUGACAAAAAUGUAUACAGCAUUAGAAGGAAGGUGUGGAUAGGAAAGGGUAAAGAACAAGAAGAGAGUAAAAAGAAGUUUAUAGAAUGCUUGAAGACUCUAGAACAAGAGCUUGGAGAUAAGCCAUAUUUUGGUGGAGAGGAGUUUGGGUAUGUUGAUGUGGCUCUUAUUCCCUUCACAAGUUGGUUUUACACUUAUGAGAUCUAUGGGAAACUAAACAUAGAGGAAGAGUGUCCUAAGCUUGUGACUUGGGCCAAGAGGUGUAUGGAAAAGGAGAGUGUGGCAAAGUCACUCCCUCACCCUCACAAAAUUUAUGGUUUUGCAAAGCAAUAUAAACAAAGACAUGGACUUGAAUAGAGAUUGAAGUGGUAUAUUAUAAAAUAUGUAUGUAAACUAAGUUUGCUGUCAACUAAAAGAUCAAAUAAUUUAUUAUUGGUUGGCAGUAUUAAAAUUAGUUAUAUUUAUAAUGCUUCAAAACUAAUUUUAUAUACAUUCAUACACCUCAUCAACCACUUGGAGAGAAAAAAAUAAAGAGGAUGAUGUGAUAUCCUGAUAAUAUGAUAGAAAAGAAAUAUAAAAAAAAUGAAGUAUAGAAUGAGUGUAUGAAAAUUAUGCGUGUUUAUGUAUUAGUUUUGUAUGUGAUAUAUGUUUCCACAUAUUUCACUUGUAAAAGUAUGACAAUAUGUAUCCUUCAAAAUGUGUAUGGAUCCUUUACUUCAUGUUUAUAAUGAAUGAUUGCAUGGAAAUUGUUAUGACAGAAAA